CUCCUCCCCCUGCGCAGGGCCCUCUUUGACUAUGACAAGAUGAAAGACAGCGGCCUGCCCAGCCAGGGGCUCAACUUCCGCUUUGGGGACAUCCUCCACGUCCUCAACGCCUCUGACGACGAAUGGUGGCAGGCACGGCUGGUGGUCCCAGGCGGAGAGGGCGAGGAGGUCGGCGUCAUCCCCAGCAAGCGCAGGGUUGAGAAGAAAGAGCGCGCUCGGCUCAAGACGGUCAAGUUCAAUUCCAAAGGCCGAGGGGAGAAAGGGCAGUCAUUCAAUGAUAAGCGUAAAAAGAACCUCUUUUCCCGCAAGUUCCCCUUCUACAAGAACAAGGAGCAGAGUGAGCAGGAGACCAGUGACCUGGACCAGCACGUGACCUCCAACGCCAGCGACAGCGAAAGCAGCUACCGUGGCCCCGAGGAGUACAUCCUGUCCUACGAACCGGUCUCCCAGCAGGAAGUGAGUUACACGCGGCCGGUGAUCAUCCUGGGACCCAUGAAGGACCGCAUCAACGACGACCUCAUCUCCGAGUUCCCUGACAAGUUUGGCUCCUGCGUCCCCCACACCACGCGGCCAAAGCGGGAGUACGAGGUGGACGGUCGGGACUACCACUUUGUCACGUCCCGGGAGCAGAUGGAGAAGGACAUCCAGGACCACCGCUUCAUUGAGGCCGGGCAGUACAACAACCACCUCUACGGGACAAGCGUCCAGUCCGUGCGGGAGGUGGCUGAGAAGGGCAAGCACUGCAUCCUGGAUGUCUCUGGAAACGCCAUCAAGCGGCUGCAGAUCGCCCAGCUGCACCCCGUCGCCAUCUUCGUCAAACCCAAAUCCGUGGAGAACAUCAUGGAGAUGAACAAGCGGCUGACGGACGAACAGGCGCGGAAGACGUCGGAGAGGGCCAUGAAGCUGGAGCAGGAAUUCACGGAGCAUUUCACUGCCAUUGUCCAGGGCGACACCUUGGAGGAGAUCUACGACCGGGUCAAGGCGGUCAUUGAGGAGCACUCCGGCCCCUGCAUCUGGGUCCCGGCCAAGGAGAAGCUCUGAGGGGGUGCCACUGCCACGCCCCCCCACCCAGCGCCAGACUGCCUCUCUCUCUCUCUCUCUCUCUCUCUCUUUCCUGCCCAGAGAGUGAAUGGGCCAAUGAGCAGGUGCCCUUGCUGCCCCCCCCCCUGGAAGCACCUGCUCCUCCUCCUCCUCCUACCCCCCCCAUCCAUCUCCGCCCCCUUUGGUGCCCCUUUCCUGCCGUCCGGAGCCUGCCCCCCCAAAAGGGCAUGUCAAUGGGGGGGUCCCCUUUUUUCCCAUGGGGGGGUCAGCGGUUGGGACCCGUUUUGGUGGGGGGGGAGGCGGGGCGCUGCAUGGUAAAGUCCUUAAUGUUUAAGGGAGUGCGGUGUCCUGGGGGGGGGGGGAUUUUGAGGAAACAGAGCUUUAUAUUCGAUGUCCUUUUUUUCUCUCUUGAGAUUUCUUAACACGAAUGAAAGACAAGUGGUCUUAACGAACCCAUUUGUGAGCCAUUUUGCACGCUUAACUUUACUCGCAUGGUUUGGUCCGGGGGGGUCGGGGUCGGGGGUCGGGCUUCCCAGUUGCGUCGCGUUCUGUCCUCGGCCGCGGACCUGCUUGACGGGCCACCCAUUUGGGGGGGGGGGGGUCUUUCUCAUGCGUCCGACUCGAUGUCUGCGUGACUGGCGUUGUUUCAUAAGGGAAGGCUCAUUUUCAUAAGGGUUUCAUAAGGAUAUCCUUUAUAGUCUAUUUUUCCAUGUUUUGUGAUGCCAUUGCAUUGCCCCGGGGAGGGGGGGGAGAAGGCCUCGUUCCCUCCCUCCCACCUCUGUGGAAGUGGGGGGCUCUUCCGGCAAACCCAGAGUGGUCGGUGCUCCGGAGUCGGGGGGGCGCCCCAUUUCCCCCCAG